CUCUAAAGAAACCAGUGUAUAUAUAAUUGCGCCCGAUUUCCUUCUUGCGGGAAUGCCCGAAAGAAAAGACACCAGCAUCAAUCAGCAUUCGGUGCAAGAAGUAAAGAGUGAAACAAAUUUAAAGUUAAAGUCAGGUUGUUCUCAUAUACUGUAUUUCUUACAGUAACUAAAUUUAAUGAGCAAAUCUAAAUAAAGUGCUUCAGAAUGGCUUCAGAUUCAGGUACUAUAAAGCGUUCAUUUAAAAGUGUGUCCAUCCUUCCAAAAAAAAGUAACCAACAAGAUGCCAUCGGAAUAUUCAAAUUCGAUACAAAGACUGGAAAAAUGAUACUUUACGAAGAUCAACUAGAGUUACUAAAAAACGAUAAGUUCAAGGAUUACAAAGUUUGCGUCAUUUCAGUCAAUGGAAGCUACAGAACCGGCAAAUCUUUUCUUCUCAAUUUCUUUCUGCAUUGUCUUAAGAAGAAGUGCCAAAGUGUACAAGGAGAAUGGAUGGAUGUGAACGACACCCUGACUCAUGGAUUUUUAUGGAAAAAAAGUGCGCAGAGAGUUACAGAUGGUAUACUUAUAUAUCCUGAAAUUUUUUUAACGACAACAAAAGAAGGCGAAAAAAUGGCUAUAAUUUUGAUGGACACUCAAGGAAUGUCUGAUCACCAAACCUCUUACAAUGAAUGCAUUAAGAUUUUUGCCCUCAGUGCAUUAAUUAGUUCUGUUCACAUUUACAACAUCCAGAACAAACUUGAUUUAGAGCAGCUUGGAGUUCUACAAUUAUUUGCGGGAUACGGAGCGAUGUUUAGUGACAACGAAAAGAAACCUUUCCAAGAUUUGUACAUUUUGGUUCGAGAUUGGAUAAAUUUUGAAGAUUAUGAUUUUGGUUUUGAGGGCGGCAAGGAAUUAUUAACUUUUACUUUCAAAGGACAUCAACAAUCCAACCUAAGUGGAAUACAAAAAACUAUUAAAGAUAACUUUGAGAAAGUUCAGUGCUUUUUGAUGCCAAAGCCUGGAAAUCAAGUUGAGACAAGGGAAUUUAAAGGCGAUUUUAAUGAUAUUAACAAAAUAUUUCGGGAUCAUGUGCAAACCUUUGUAGAAAAACUUUUAAGCUCUAAGAAUUUGGUGCCGAAAAAGAUCAAUAAUAAAUUCGUUACGGUCGAGGAGCUAUUUAGAUUUAUUGAUGGUUACUGGAGAUGUAUUAAUGAAACUGAAGAGUUAUGCACUGAAUCAAUUUACAUGGCAACUGCUGAGAUUUCUCUUCGACAUCUCGUGAAUAGAAAGGUAGACGAAUACAAAAAGCGUUUAGGCAGCUGUACAGAUACAACACAAGCUAAAAAUGAGGAAAGUAAAAUUCUGAACGAAUUUGAAAAGGCACGGGAGAUGAAGUUGGGCACAGAACAAACGCGAGGAAGUUUUAAACAACAACUUACAGAGCUGCUUUAUGCACUAUUGAAUGAGUUCCGUACAAUUUUAGACCAUGAAGAUGAACUAGGAAACGAAUAUAUCGAGCAGGUACAAGAAUGUACCACUUUAGAGCAGGUCGAGAAGAUAAAGAAUGGAAUUUUGAAGAAAUUCCUGAAAAUGAUCAAACAUUUUAACUACCUAAAGGAGGCACAAGAAAUAUCUAAGCAACGGUUAACACGACUAGUUGAUAAGGUGUAUACAGAUUUUCUCAUGCUUUUGGACCAUGUGAAUGAAUUUAAAAUGGAAUACAUAGAACACGUUAAGGAAUGUAUAACUUUAAAGGAGACCCCGAAAGCAAAGGAGACAAUUCUGAAGAAAUUUCAACACGAUACCAACAACAUGGAUUGCAACGAACAAUUGCGAGACUGUUUUAAGCAGCGGUUAACCAAACUGCUCGAUGAAAUGUAUAAGCAGUUUUACACACUUCUCGAUCUCAUGGAUCAGUUAAUAGAGAAAUACACAACAACUGUCAAAAAAUGUCGAACUUUAGAGCAAGCCCAGGAAGUGAUGAGUGGAAUUUUGGGUGAAUUUCAAGAAAAAGGCGAGAACAUACAUUGUGGGAAGGAAUUACAAGAUCAUUUCAAGCGACGGUUAAGUGCACAACUUGAAAAGGUGUAUAAUGAUUUUCAUAUACUUUUCGACCAUGUAAAUCAACUAAUAGAGGAAUACUCCGAACGCGUUAAAGGAUUUAGAACUUUGGAGGAAGCCCAGGCAGAGAUACAGAUAAUUUUGGUGACAAUUGAAGAAGAGAAUUUGAACUGUGAGAAAGAAUUACGACAUCAUUUUAAGAAACGCCUAAAAGCAUCACUUGACAAGGUUUGCGAUGAUUUUCGCAUACUUUUCAACCAUGUAAAUCAUCUAACAGACAAAUACUUCAACCUUGUAAAAGAAUGUAGAACUUUAGAGGACGCCCAGGAAACGAUUAAGAGAAUUUUGGUGACAUUUGAAGAAGAGAACUUGAAUUGCGAUAAUGAAUUACGAGAUCAUUUUAAGCAGCGCCUAAAUGCACUUCUUGAUAAGGUUUAUGAUGAUUUUUGCCUACAUUCCAAUAAUGUAAAUCAACUAAUAAACGAAUACUCAGAAUGCAUUAAACAAUACAGAACUUUAGAGGAAGCCGAGGUAGAGAGGCAGAGAAUUUUGGUGAGAUUUGAAGAAGAGAACUUGAACGGCGAGAAGGAAUUACGAGAUCAUUUUAAGAAACGCCUAAAUACACUCCUUGAUAAAGUGUAUAACGAUUUUCGUAUACGUUUCAACCAUGUAAAUCAUCUAACAGACAAAUACUUCAACUUUGUGAAAGGAUGUAGAACUUUAGAGGACGCCCAGGAAACGAUUACGAGAAUUUUGGUGACAUUUGAAGAAGACACGUUGAACUGCGAUAUGGAAUUACGAGAUCAUUUUAAGGAACGCCUAAAAGCAUCACUUGAUAAGGUUUGCGAUGAUUUUCGCAUACUUUUCAACCAUAUAAAUUAUCUAACACACAAAUACUUCAACCUUGUGAAAGGAUGUAGAACUUUAGAGGACGCCCAGGAAACGAUUAAGAGAAUUUUGGUGACAUUUGAAGAAGAGACGUUGAACUGCGAUAUGGAAUUACGAGAUCAUUUUAAGAACCGCCUAAAAGCAUCACUUGAUAAGGUUUGCGAUGAUUUUCGCAUACUUUUCAACCGUGUAAAUCAUCUAACAGACAAAUACUUCAACCUUGUGAAAGAAUGUAGAACUUUAGAGGACGCCCAGGAAUCGAUUAAGAGAAUUUUGGUGACAUUUGAAGAAGAGAACUUGAAUUGCGAUAAUGAAUUACGAGAUCAUUUUAAGCAGCGUCUAAAUGCACUUCUUGAUAAGGUUUAUGAUGAUUUUUGCCUACAUUCCAAUAAUGUAAAUCAACUAAUAAACGAAUACUCAGAAUGCAUUAAACAAUACAGAACUUUAGAGGAAGCCGAGGUAGAGAGGCAGAGAAUUUUGGUGAGAUUUGAAGAAGAGAACUUGAACGGCGAGAAGGAAUUACGAGAUCAUUUUAAGAAACGCCUAAAUACACUCCUUGAUAAAGUGUAUAACGAUUUUCGUAUACGUUUCAACCAUGUAAAUCGACUAGUAGAGGAAUAUUUCGAACACGUUAAAGGGUGUAGAACUUUAAGGACAGCCAAAACAGAGAAGCAGAGAAUUUUGGAGACCGCUGAAGAAGAAAACUUGAACGGCGACAUUCAAUUAGGAGAUCAUUUUCAGCAGCGCCUAUAUGAACUUCUUGAUAAGGUUUAUGAUGAUUUUUGCGUUAUUUUCAAUUAUGUGAAGCAACUGAUAGAUGAAUACUUAGAAAGCAUUAAACAAUACAGGACCUUAGACGAAGCUCUUGCAGAGAGGCUGAGAAUUUCAGUGAUAUUUGACGAACAGAAAUUCAACUGCAAGAAGAAAUUACAAGAUCAUUUUAGGAAGCGCCUAGAUGCAGCACUUCAAAAGGUAUAUACUAAUUUUCGCAUACCUUGCGAGUACGUCAAGAAACUGAUAGUUGAAUACUCCACGUUUGUUAAAGAAUGCAGAACUUUAGCAGAUGCGAAGAAAAAGAUGCAGGGAAUUGUGGUGACAUUUGAAGAAAAGGAGUUGAACUGCGAGGAUGAAUUACGAAACAUAUUUGGAACAUAUUUGAAGGAAGAAUGUUCCCAGAUAUAUGAAAAUAACAAAACUGAAAUUGGAAUGCGCCAUGUCGAUGAUGUUUCUGAAGGUAUUGGUAAAUGGACUUCAAACAUUUUAGGAGCAGCUGGGGCAGUUGUUGGUAGAAUGAAAGGCGGCGCCGGUUUGAGUGUUAUACUGACAGGAGCCGGUGGAUUGGUGGGAAUUGGACUUGGUGCAGCUGCACGUGGAAUUGGAACACUCAUAGUAAAAAGAAAAAAAAACGGAUAAUAAUAAUCCUGAAUAAUCUUCGUAUUCUAGUCAUAAGACAUAAAAUAAUAUUUCACAGCUGUUUUCAUUUGUGAAACUUGUUAUAUUAUCUUAGUAUUAAACCGUUUACUACAGAUUCGACCACAGA